UUGAUUUUAUUAUUUCCUAACUUUGUAAGUUGGAUAUAAUACUGUUUAUGCGCAUUGAAUGAUUUUAACGAAUAAAAUAAAAAGAUAUAAAAAUUAUGUCCGGACUCUCUCUCAUUGAAAAGCUCCGUGAACUCGAACAAUGUAAACACCUUCUGACUAGUAAAGAAUAUAAAACAACAAAAAGAGCGAUCUUGGAUCAAUUUAUUGGAGUUGAGAGACAAAAAACAUUCUUUAAAAAAUUGUAUGAAAAGGCGUGCCGGGUCGGUAUAAUCUUCAUUCGACAUUUGGUAUUUCCUAUUCUUACCAGCAUAGGAGUAUCCUUGCUGGGAGGACCGGUCGCCGGAGUUGCUGCGGGUUUAAUUGCGAGCGCCUUUUAAAACCCUCCAUUUUAUAGUCCAAGCCAAAUCCUUAAUGCUUUGAAUUUUUCAGCAUUCAACAAUUCAUAUACGUAUGAAAACAAUUUACUGAAAGUUAUUACUUAAUAGUAAUUAAUAUACAUAUAAAAACAUUUUACUGAAAGUUAUUACUUAAUAGUGAUAGAGAAAUUUUUUUUUUUAAAAAAAAAACAAGGUGCUUGCAAAUAGAUGCUUAAACUUUUGCUUUGUAUUCUUUAUAGUACUUGUACAUCACGCUACCCUGCGUCAUAUUUAAAUAAAUCAGUAUCUCUUGUAAUACGUCUUGUUUUUCACAUUCUUCCUGUAUUCUGUAAAUAAAAUGACACUCCACACUCUCAUUCAA